UCGGCUGCAACUACCUCACACUUAGUAGUGCUUCCUGACCCCUCCUACAUGAGCUUUUUUUUUGACCGAGACCAAGUGAUCCUCCGUGUUUAGGGGAACCCUAAAGCGAGACACCUGCUGCGGUAGCAUCUUACUCCGGCUUGUCAUUUUGAUUUAAACCAGCCGGAGCAUCGCGGGGUUAAACAAGUGAUCGGUACGGGAGGAGGAUAUUUGUUUGUGGAAAGAAAAAAACUAAACAAAAGCAAUGAAACUUGAAGUAUUCUCCGCCAGCCACCACUUCGUCACCAAGCCGAUGGAGUUGUGCAUGGACGCCGAGGGGAACGUCCCCUCCCCGCUGUCCGGAGACGAGCUGGGCUCUGAUGGAGACUGCGUCGCCAACAGCCCGGCACCUGUCGCCCAGGGCGGAGAUGUCAAGGGAAAGCCGUACACCCGGAGACCCAAGCCCCCUUACUCCUACAUCGCUCUCAUCGCCAUGGCCAUCCGGGACUCGAACAGCGGUCGCCUCACCUUGGCGGAGAUCAACGACUACCUCAUGAAGAAGUUCCCCUUUUUCCGAGGCAGUUACACCGGCUGGCGCAACUCGGUGCGUCACAACCUGUCGCUGAAUGACUGCUUCCUCAAAGUGCUGCGGGACCCCUCCAGGCCCUGGGGGAAGGACAACUACUGGAUGCUGAACCCGCACAGUGAGUACACCUUUGCCGACGGGGUGUUCCGACGCAGGAGGAAGCGCAUAAGCAAGAGGAACCCGAAGGAGCACGAAAGAGACCCUGAAGCGCACACUUCAAGCGAUGACAUGCGCAUCCCCGUUCCAGUUGGCUUACCGCCCGCCCGGGAGGAGAAGGCGGGAGCCAAGUUUUCCAGCUCCUUCGCGAUCGACAGCAUCCUCAGCACACCGUUCAAACGAAGAGAGGAUAGCCGCCAAACGAUCGGGAACGUCAGCACCGACCUCCGGCUCUACUGGCCGGUCGAGGCCCACGCAAUACCGUGCGCAGCUCACUACCAGACGGGAGGCGGUCCAACCCAGCACCCGUACCACCGGUACAGCCUGGCGGAGGCCGCUUACAGCACAGAGAGGAGCCGGGACGCGCUCACUUACCUCCAGCUGACGUCACAGGCCAUGCCAAACUCAGUGACAUUCUCAUCUCUGAAGAUGCCCAAAGCCCGGGGCGGCAGCUUUCUGAUCGACUCUUUGCUCUCAUAAAGUUUACACAACGGACAAAAGUUACGACCUGCAUCUCGCAUAUGCAUGUGCACUUUUGUUGGACGCCUCCCAGUUUUAGUGCUUAGGCUUAAUGAUUUUGGACUCUAUAUCAUAAUUGUAUGUUUCAACAAUAGUGGCCUAUCUUUGUAGUGGUUAAAAUUUAAGCAAAGUGUGAGGCAUUUGCAGGUCAUACAGCUGCGUGUGCAUCCAUGCGAAUGUGUGAAAGUGAUAUUUUCAUGGUUCAAUGGUCAUUUCUACUGUACGAAGGCAAAAAAAAAGUUGCGAAAUGUUGAAAUAUAUAUAUAGAUAGAUAUAAAUAUCUAUCUAUAUAUAUGAUCUAUUUAUAAUGCAUUGUUUUCGUUUGACAUGGCGCAUCAGAUAUUGUACAAAUCUGUUUUGAGUGGGCUGUAAAUAUGUGGCCAAUGGCUCAACAAGAUGAGGCUGAAAAUGCUAUUUUACCUGAUAUUGAUUCAAGCAUGUGUUAUUUUAUUAAUAAAGAUGUGACAAGUGGAAUCAAGUUCACUAUGGCUGUAUUUAUGGUGCUAACGAGCACUGUCACAUUCUUCUCUCCUUGGAUUUUCGACCAAAUAAUCAAUUGUCCUACAUUCCACACAUCUUCAAAAAGACUCACGAAGAAUAAACCUGUUAGAACAUGUUGAAUUUAUUCAGCAUUUAAAUGUAUUCAAAAUAGGUUUUAAUGUUACAUUCAUUUCAGGAUUCCUGGCUUUGGUAAACACACAUUUAUUUCAGUAUUUAGUUAACACACAUGAGCAAAUAUGCAAAUAUAUGUCAAUGGUUUGAAUAUUAAUUGGCUAAUAGUGUUGUCGUUGGAGACUUAAAAUUAAUAUUAAUUAAUAAGAUGGAAAAACCCAAAGUAAAAUAUUAAUUAAUUCAGGGAAUUAGGCAUAGCCUUUUUUUGAUUUAUUUUUACAAAUAAGUAAAAUCCCGGGCUAGCCUGAAUGUCCAUUCUAUUUAGGUUUUAGAAAGACUUUCUGACAGAGGAUCAGGAACCAGGGGGGUAUUUGUUACCGGAAGACGGCCUAAUUGGACUGUGGUUAAUUUUGUCAUGAGCUCUCCGCGGUCCUGAAACCAACCCCUGUGCGUCACACACCCUCGCGGAGGUCACCUCGCCUCAAUGCUCCUGCAAAAUAUUAAGU